GCUUCCUGACGGCUCAGCAGGCUAACCAGCUAACCAAGAUAACAGUCUGUCUAACCAGCGGUUCAACCAGAGUUACAGGUUAGAUAGACACCCGGACCGAAGCAUCAAGAUGACAGCCGCACCUUACAACUACUCCUACAUCUUCAAAUACAUCAUCAUCGGUGAUAUGGGAGUAGGGAAGUCUUGUCUGCUGCACCAGUUCACAGAGAAAAAAUUCAUGGCGGACUGUCCCCACACCAUCGGGGUGGAGUUUGGGACGAGGAUCAUGGAGGUCCACGGUCAGAAGGUGAAGCUGCAGAUCUGGGACACGGCCGGUCAGGAGCGGUUCAGGGCCGUCACCAGGUCCUACUACAGAGGGGCCGCCGGGGCCCUCAUGGUCUACGACAUCACCAGGAGAAGUACUUAUAAUCACCUAAGCAGCUGGUUGACAGAUGCCAGGAACCUGACCAACCCAAACACAGUGAUCAUUCUGAUUGGUAACAAGGCCGACCUGGAGGCUCAGAGAGACGUGACGUACGAGGAGGCCAAACAGUUUGCUGAAGAGAACGGUUUGCUGUUUCUAGAGGCCAGUGCUAAGACAGGGGAGAAUGUGGAGGAGGCCUUCCUGGAGGCAGCAAAGAGGAUCUACCAGAACAUCCAAGACGGCAGUCUGGACCUGAAUGCCGCCGAGUCAGGAGUCCAACACAAACCGUCAGCGCCACAGGGAGGCCGCCUCAACGCCGACAGCCAGCCGGCUAAAGAGGGCUGCAGCUGCUAACCUCAGACAGAAACUACAGACCCAUCAAACAGACAAACGGACAGACAGAGACAGAUACGUACACAGAGAUCCCCUUUUCUCCAGGCACUAACGUCCACCUUCUGUCCAGAGUGCAUCCAACAGGAUUGAGCUGGAUUACAUGUAACAUAACAGUGGCACAGUCCAACCAGUCCAAUUCAGACCACAGUUCAGUACCUAAUCCAAACAUCCUCCACCCAAAUCUACAACUAUCCAGAUUUCAGUGUGCCACAUCUGGACCAGCCUUGAAUCAGGACCAGUAUUGGACAACUCCCAAAUCCAGACCAUCUUAGACCUAAACUGGAUCAUUGUCUGCGCAAUUUAUUUAUUUCUUAAUCCUUCAGCAUAAAUCCCGACCACUCUAGAUCCGGGGAUCCACAAUCCAGACUGCCUUCAACCCAUAUUCAGGCACACCUGAGCCAGACCUAGGCCAGUCUGGACUGCUCUAAGACCAGAAUAAGACAUCUAACAUCCCUGCACCAGAAAACCUUUUUUUCCUAGACUGGAUUAUCCUCCGGCCACAGUCUCUGCCAAGUUUGGAGUGCUGUUGGUCCAACUCAAGCAAAGGUUUGUCAAAAUUUUGGACUACUUUCAUCCAGAAUGUGAAUCACCUGUCUCAAGAGACAAGUCAAAAUACAGAUCUCAAAUUUGGACCAAUUUACAACUCAAAUCUGGGUUGCAUUAAAAUGGGUUGUCUUAAUCCAUAUCUGGACAUUACUAUGUAGAGAUCCAGAGUCUAGCCUUAAGCUGGACUGUCUCAUGUCCAAUUUGAGGCUGCUUUCAGAGCCCUAAACCCAUAACCAGACAACCCUUUUCCUCAAUGCUGGACUACCCUCCAGACCACUUCUCUUCCAAGUCUGGUCAAGUGAGUCUGAUCCAAAUUAGGUACUACCCUGGUCCCAAAUGGGAAACACUGAUAACUCAGGAGACAAAGGUACAAGGCUCAACAUUUAACCAACCUACAGCCCAAAACUGGACUAAAGUGAGUUGCCUUAGUUCUUAAUUUGGACAUUGCAAUGGAGAGAUCUUGUUUAAGCGGGGCCACCCCAGGUCAAAUCACGAUUGCCAUCUUGGCAGGUUUGACCUAAAGGUAGGCGAACCAAGACUGUUCAAAUCCCACAAUAGGACAUCUCUAAGACCAUCAACAGACAACCUUUUUUUUCCAAGAUUACACUACCCGCCAGACCCAGUCUCUUCCCAGUCUGGAGCCCCAUCGGCCCGUAGUCCAGACUUGGUUGUCCCUCAAGUGUGGACUGUUGUUGUCCCAGAGACAAAACACCCAAAUCCCAAGAGACACAUAAAGGUACCGGACUCAAAGAACCAGACCAGUCUACAGCGUAUAUCUAAUCUACACCUUCACCAAAAUACAGAUCACCCUAGUUCCAAAGGGACACCGCCAUGGACACAUGCAGAGCCCAGGCUCCAGCUGGACUGCUGUUACCCCACACCCAGGUCUACCUUUGAACCAAAGGUGAAGGUAGUCAAAAUUUGGAACCCCCUUCAUCCCAAAUGUGAAACACCCAUACAGUAGAGAAAAAUAAAGAUGCAAUGCCUGAAUUUGGACAAUCCUAUAGUCUUAAUCUGGACUGUUCUACAAAAAGUCGGAUUACCCAAGUUCCAACUCUGGACAUUCCUAUGAACAGAUCCAGAGCCUGGAUCUCAGUCCAAAUCAAGGACCACCUUCGGCCCAAAUCUUUAAAUAUAAAACCUUGAGGUUUAGUUAUAUUUGAUCUGCUUUAACUCCAGGUCGUCCAAACGCCCACUUCUGAUGUUCGUUCUUUGAGAUAAACUUCUGGAUUUAAAUUCAUAUCUUUGUCUUAUACAUGUGUGAUACAUUUGUUGUUCAAUUACAAAAGUCUUUAAAAUUAAUGCUUCAAAACCAUAAAAUCUAUGACAGAGUGACCUGGACAUCUGAACUCGCCUCUCGGAUUCCUGAAAACAUUUCUUCCUCUGCUCACUUGUUCGAGUUUCCAAACACGCUGUCUGAUUUAAUUAUUUAAUCAGUUCUAUAUGUAUUGCCCAGGUUGAUAAUGUGGAUCAGAAGACGCAUUUUAACAGUUGCUGUUGUGGUCAAAUGUGUCUCUGCAGGUUUCCAGCUGUGUUUUUACUCUAUUGGCUACAGUCCAGUCACCCUCAUCGGAUUUAUACCACUCAGCCUCAGAAAAUACUUAUCUGUAAUGUCUCCUCUACAGAAGCUUUCUUAAGUUCUUAAGUCAUAAAUAACCUUGACAAUGUACAUGAUUUGGCUUGAACUCCAAGACAAUGAUGGAAAGCCUGCAUUACAAACUGGAAGUGGGUCACCAGGCAGGGUGGGUCUACCAAAAGUCGUUAUCAAGUGGCUUUACGGAAACUGUAGGAUCUUGGGUUUUUGGGCUUGACCCAUAUUAUGUACUAAAAGUCAGGCUAUCUCUGCUGCUUCAGGUUUGACCCGUAUUUCUUUAAUAAGUUCCCCAAUUUUAUGGACGUGCAAUACUAAAAGCCCGAUGUGCUUCAGACAGACUUUGCAUUUGUCGUCCGACGAGGGCUGAACAAUAUGCAAAACAAAAAAUCAUAUUGCAAUUAUUUUGAUGUGCUGCGUUUAUAAUGGUAUUUUUACCUUUAUCAAACAAUUGCACUGACCAUGUCGCAGUCUCGAUAAUAUUUUGUUGUUCAGCCCCACGUCCGACCACAUCUAAAUCACUGGAGCACUCCUUUAAUCCCAGCUGGAGUUACGGAAAAGAUCUGAUACAUGCUGAGCGUUAACAUACACUUUACAAGUCUUCACGGGUCUUUGGACCUGAUCUGAACCUGACCUGUGGAAACUUUACUUGAAUCCAAUGUAGAUAAAAAUGAAUGGUCGAAAAAGAGAGAUAAAAUCCAAAAAGCACCUGAGGACAAUAAGACACUGGACCCAGCCCUACUUGGGUCCUGGGUAAGGGCCCCAGCAUUAGGAACCUAGUGGACCCUUAAAGACCUAACAAACAGACAAGAACUCUUAAUCCACCCAAUAACCUCACCAUCGCUGCAAUUCCACACUUUGCCUUUUUAAAAAGAUCUAAAACAUUUGAACUAAAUAACUUUAUUUAAAAUAACUGAGAACAUCGAUCACUCUGUGGAGAGAUGCAGCAGCUGAUUGAUGAGGAAAAACCGGCUUACCUGAACCAGAUCGUCAGUAUCGGUCCCUCUGUGGAUCUCAAGUUCAGGAUAGAUUUUUAUUCAAUUUUUUUUUUCUGUUAUUGUUUUUUUUUUUUGUUUGUUGUUUUUUUUUUUUGUAUUUUUUAAUCAAAUAUAAAUGCAAUAUAUUUUUGAUGUCACAGCUCCACCUAGUGGCCGUUUUUCACAUCCCUCCUGGUUAAGUGUGUGUUGAGGGAAGGAAAAUGACAUAAGUGGAGGCGAUGCAGAUUCUUUUAAUUUAUUACUUCCUGGUUUUGUUUAUUUUAGUUUUCUGUUUAACAUUCGGCCGGGUUACAGUUUACUUGAAUGGAUCACUAUGAUUUCUGGUUCAUUACAACUAAAUUGUUGCUUAAACUGAAUAUUGAUUAAUGCUACAAAAAUUAGGAGACAAAGUAUUUGUGCAUCAGAGUUUGAAAAAAAAUGUACAGUUGAUAUCUUAAGGAACAUUUUGGAUAUAAAAUUACAAGUGAGAUCUGGAUCCAAAUGCCAGAGCCUUGAUAUCCUGAAGUGCUGUAAAGUUUCCUCUGCUGUCACUAACCAUCAGUCAUCAACUAAAAGUUUAUACGUUGAACUAUUUCAUGGCGUUUAUCGUGUGAUCCUGAACCAGUUCUCUCAGACUAACUGGGUCGGUCAGUAAAUUUUGUUCCUUAAAAAGCAUUCCAGCGCUAACAAGGUUACAACAGAAACACAGACAGUCCAGCUCUGCUAAACUUUAUUUUACCUUUUUUUUUUUAUAUAUAUAUUUUAAAGUUGCACAUGUAAUUUUAUUCAUUUGAUGCAGUUUCAAAAACAAAUAGGUUAUUGCAGCUUUGACCUGAUGAUUCAACUUUAUGAUGGAUUAAACUCAGAUUUACACUAAAUUAAUUAACUGUCCAGUAGCUCUCCCGCAGGGAAACGCACUGUAUACAAAUAUAAAGUAAUAUACAGUAUACUGCUUUAACACCAGGACAGACGUUGAGAUUUAAAAGAAAAACUAAGUGUGAGAAUUGUUUUCUCUUAUAAGUAACAAACAUCAAACAGACUAUCUGAUGAGUCAAAGUAUUUAUUAUUAUAUAAUAAACUGAGUUAACAAAUCAAAA